UACUUUCUUUUGUUCAUGUUUUUCCUUCUGCGUGUGUUAGAGUUCAAUUUGAUGCUACUUUCUUUAUGAAGGUGCUGUUUCUUGCAAUAGUUGUAGUCUGAAAAUGGAGGAGCUUGUGUAUAGAUUAGGGGGAAAUGGUUGUUAGCAGCGUACAGUUAGCUGAUUUUCAGAGCAGCUAAACCCAAAAAACAGGGGAAGUGGCUUCUGAUGUUAGAAGUGGAAAUAGCAGAUUUCAAGAAUGUUUGGAUUGGUCUUAGCCCAUGUUGCCUGAACCUUCGAAACCUGUAAUAUGUUAAACAAACUUACAUUCAGAGGGACCACCUCUGGAAAAGAAGAAAGAAAUAAGAGAAGCAAGAAGGUUGCCUCAAAAAAGUAUGCUAAUCCUAUACCCUAUAGGAGGAACAAGAUAAUGACUAGAUUCCAAGGCAAAGUUAAAUUAUAUGUAGUGGGUGCUAUCAUUUUAGAAUUGGCAAUUGAUGGGAUUGUUAGGUAAUAAAAGCAAAUGACUUUGAAGUAUUUGUAUAUGCAAUCAAUAGGAAGCCGCCAUGUGGAUUUUUCUCUGCUGUCUUAGGUAACAUGACUUGUUCAAGAUAAUUACAGUUUCAUAUAUGUGAUAAGCUCUGAUCUGGAGCCAUUUUGGAUGGAGCAAGAAAAGUUAGACAUAGACUCAGCAGAAAGGAAGAGAUUACUUAAAGGAAAACCGUAGAUAUGUUAUCUUUGUUCCUUUCAAUAUUUAAAUUCAUGUCAACUUUUGGAAUGGUUUGAUCUUGAAAGAAGAAAAAUAUAUGGAACAGAGUGGAAAAGCAAGAAACACGGCUUCUUACUUUUACGUAAUUUUAAGUUUUUACUGUUAUUUCGAUGAAGUUGGAAGAUGAACUCCAUUUUGUAUUUGCUGUCUUCAAUAACCAGCUCCAUGGAUUGAAGUUGAUGCCUCCCUCUUUUGGAUACUUUUAUUCCGGUUCUGUCAUUGAUUGAUGAGCUCUAGUAGAAAAAUGGAAGUAGGUAUAUUGUUGGGCCCCGACUUUCUUUGAAUAUUCGUAAUAAGUAUAGUAGUUAAGCAAAUUAUUGCCAUUGGAUUACUGACGGAGAGAGCAACCUUUAUUCAAAGUUGACCUAAUGCCUUGGAUCUCUCUUCAGAUCAAAACAGCUUUGCGUUUUUGUAAUGUGUGUUCUCUUGACAAUCAUGCUGUUGGCUAUAGUGAGUUAAUGACUGUUAUCUUAUUUUGUGGUUUAAGUUUGAUUAGAUAAUUAGGAUAUGUUCAGAGUGAGAUGAGUCAGGUACACGUGUACCUCACUGGGACUUGAAAAACGAAGACCUGCAUGUCAAACUUCAUUGUAUCCAUCAUCUGUCUGCUUUGAGGAACAGUGCAUAUGCGGAGACCAUGAUUACAUCACUGCCUCAUACAGAAAUAACAGAUAAUUCUCCUGUAAAAGAAGCGGAUACUGCAAGGGCAAAAACUGCCUUUUCAAAAUACUAUGAGUACUUGCCAUAUAAGCGUCAGCACAAGGAGAGUGUUAUCGAUAUCUUGCAUUAUCGUGCAACAGGAUCGAGCAGUGCAUUUUGCCACAAGCCAUUCAAGACAAAAUGGGCAUUAUCUACUAGAAAGAAUCAAUGCUUCUACACGAGGUCGCUCUGUGCAGCAAAGUUUGGGUGUUCAGUGAAGCCACUUCUAUAUCCCAUUACGGAUGCAAGUGAGACAAUGAAAGAAGUGGACAAGAGGCUUCGACCAAGGCAAUUUGAGUAUCACCCAUCUGACUCUUGUCUAAUGGCUGUAGGAACUCUCGAUGGAGAAGUAGUUGUCAUCAACCAUGAAACCGGAAAUAUUCUCUCUUGCAUUUCAGCAUACGGGAAUACGAAUGGUAUUCUUGGCCUUUGUUGGCUUAAGCAAAAACCUUCUAAGCUCCUGGUGGGUUCUGAUAGUGGUUCCCUGAGAUUGUACGACAUCAAUUGUGUUCAGCCAAAAGUUGAAGAUGGUUGCUGCAACCCGACGGUUGUCUUUGAUGACUUUGAGCAGUUGACCUCAGUCCACGUUAACUCAACGGACGAUCGAUGUCUAACAAGUGGAUACUCCAAGAAAGUUGCCAUAUAUGACAUCUGCACAGGCCAACGCUUGCAAUUGUUCACAGACAUGCAUCGUGAACCAAUAAAUGUAGCUAAAUUUGCAAAUCAUUCCCCUAACCUGUUUGUGACUUCAUCAUUUGAUCGCGACAUAAAGAUGUGGGAUUCAAGACACAAGCCUUGGCAGCCUUGCUAUACAGCUUCAAGCUCAAGAGGAAAUGUGAUGGUCGUAUUUUCUCCUGAUGAUCUUUAUCUAUUAGUUUCAGCCGUUGAUAAUGAGGUGAAGCAACUUUUGGCUGUGGACGGGAGGCUUCACAUGGAUCUCGGGAUAGUUUCAACAGGAAGUGCUCAUAACUACACUCGUUCUUAUUACAUGAAUGGAAGAGACUACAUUAUUAGUGGAAGUUGCGAAGAACCAACGAUCCGUAUUUGCUGUGCACAAACCGGAAGGCGUCUAAGAGACAUUUCUUUGGAGAGUACGGGGUGUGGAAGCUCGAUGUUCGUGCAGUCAUUGAGAAGCGAUCCUUUUAGACAUUUCCACAUGGCCGUCCUGGCAGCAUAUUUUCGACCAGUCUCCAAGUACGAAAUCAUUAAGGUCAACUUACUUUCAUCAAGCCACUCUGCUGAACAACAUCAAGGAGGCUUGAAAACCUGCCAUUCCUGUGACAAGGGUGGCUGAUAAUGCACAGUUAUACUUAUGCUAUUCGAUUGAUCUGCGUUUUUCUGAUUCCUCACGCUGUAUAAAAUUAAUGACGGAGGUAUCUGGAAAUGAAUGUAUGAUUUUAAAAUUAAUGACGGAGGUAUAAAAAAAAAAGUAGCAACACCGGCGCCAUGUGGCCACGCUCCCUCUUCACCCCUAGGCGACGACGAUCAUCGACGCCCAUUGCCCAAUCUUCCUCUCACUUUCUAUUUGUCCUUCUGUCAUUUCGCGGUGAUAAGGUGGCCCUAAUUUUAAAUGACUCAGAGUUGACUUGUGCUGACAUCAUGUUGACCGCUGAACUGGCCUUAAUAUGGAAUGGUGAGUCAAAGGCCACAUGUCUCUACCUGGGGAUGAGUCAGCUAAUAGGUUAUUGAAGUUGAUGAGUCACUAGAGACCUGGUGAUCUUUGUAAUGAGGCAACAAGCACGUAGAACACUAGCUAAUGAGUCACCCGCCAAGUUUAUUGUCCGAGAUGAGUCAUCAUACGCGCUGAAUGAGUGCAAUGAGUCGAAACACCACAUGAAUUUUUUAUGAUGAGAUAGUAUACAAAUAAAAUACUUUGAAUUGGCCACAUAGGAGAAGUCUGAUUAGUCAAUUGGCCUAUCGCGCGAGAAUGAGUCAUCAUCCAUGUAGGAUAAGAAAUGAUUAACCACAACGCGGCACACUUGUAGACACAUUACUUGCCAAUACUCCGUGACUCAAAUUGCCAUGUCAUGAUGGGAAGAUGAAUAGUCGAACACAGAUUGCAGAGCAAUGAGUCAUCUGCCGUGUUGUUCAUUCAGCAAAUCUAAUCUGGCUUAGAAGCGAACAUGUCGUUUUAACGCCGAUCAUUCGUAACAUGUGAACCGGUGUGUCGGUUUUAAAUAAUAUAAACCAAACUAGAGUACGGCUAUGUAAAUUAUAACAUAUUCAGAAUUAGGAGACUUUUAUGUUGAAUACUUAAGAAUGCUUAGCUAUGCAAGCAAAAGCAUUUGAAUAAUAUUAGCUUGACAUGAGUACAUAAUUUCCCACAUAAAAUCGCUGCCCACUUGACUACUUAUCAGGGCAGUUUGUUGGCUAAUCAUAUUAAGAAACCUACGGAUUAAUACAUACAUGGAUUCAGACCUCAGAGGAGGAACAGAUGCUAGCAUCUUCUGUGACACUAGAGAAAAGCUUCUUUUCUUUCAUUCUUUGCAGGCAUUAAAUAUAGUACAAAAAAUGGUAUUCAUCGUCUCCCUCAGAACCGAGGAUUGAGAGACUUCUAUUUCUGCCCUGUGAAACUGUUAUUUUGCAAGAAAUGUGAAUCCAUAUCACCCUUGAUGUAGUAGGGUCGCUUUCGUGCCUGAUGUGGAUGUCCAAGGGGAUGAUUCAUCAAAUUCCCAAAGUUGUCUUUGCAUUUCCAAGCAAACGAGAAAGGUUAAAUCCCCUAGCGAUCAGAUACAGAAUGAAGCAAACAUAUGCAGCUGUAAAAACAAAAAC